CUUGCCAACACGUGGGAGUUUUCGUCUGCAAUUGGACUAAGUUUGUUCCUUGUCGGGUAUUGGCAGUCGUCUGGGGUCUUACACUAACUGAAUUCACGCGAGGUUUGGAGCAGUUUGUAGUUAGGUACCUUGUGUAGAGAUGGCGGAUUCUUUUGGAGAUGAGUUGUUUAGUGUAUUUGAAGAUGAGGCUACCCUACCAAAGAAACCAAAGCUCCCCGAAGGAGGUCGCAAACCUGGGAAAGGCAGAGAUGGCAAAAGUCAAGCAGCCACAAAUAUUCCUCUUGGAAGCCAGAAAAGAGAAGUAGAAACUGAUGGUGCAGAUGAUAUUUUUGGGAAGAAGCAAAAAUUGGAGGUGGUAUCUUCAGAAGAUUUCAGUCUUGCUGAUCUUAUGCCUAAAGUGAAAGUGCAGUCAGUUGACACAGUUGAAGGCUGUACCCAUGAGGUUGCUUUGCCUGCAUAUGAUGAAUACGUACCAUUGAAGACUCGGGUUGGAAAAGCGGCAAAGGAAUAUCCAUUUAUCCUUGAUGCUUUUCAGCGAGAGGCUAUCUUGUGUAUUGAUAACAAUCAGUCAGUUCUGGUGGCAGCUCAUACAUCAGCUGGGAAGACUGUGUGUGCGGAGUAUGCCAUAGCUUUGGCUUUAAGGGAAAAACAGAGAGUUAUAUUUACCAGUCCGAUUAAAGCUCUGAGCAACCAGAAGUAUCGAGAGAUGUAUGAAGAGUUUCAAGAUGUUGGAUUAAUGACAGGAGAUGUUACAAUUAACCCCACUGCAUCUUGCCUUGUCAUGACAACAGAGAUUUUAAGAAGCAUGUUGUAUAGGGGCUCAGAAGUAAUGAGAGAAGUUGCAUGGGUUGUCUUUGAUGAAAUCCACUACAUGAGAGAUACAGAAAGAGGGGUCGUAUGGGAAGAAACCAUCAUCUUGCUGCCAGACAACGUGCAUUAUGUAUUUCUGUCUGCCACAAUUCCCAAUGCUCGUCAGUUUGCUGAGUGGAUUUGUCAUCUUCACAAACAGGCUUGUCAUGUGAUCUACACUGACUACAGACCUACUCCUCUUCAGCACUACAUCUUUCCAGCUGGUGGUGAUGGGCUUCAUCUAGUCGUUGAUGAAAACGGUGAAUUUAGAGAGGACAACUUCAAUGCAGCUAUGCAGGUCCUCAGAGAUGUUGGUGAAACUGCUAAAGCAGCAGACAUGAGAGCACGAAAAGGAGGAGGCACCAAAGGUCCUUCCAAUGUAUUUAAAAUAGUGAAAAUGAUUAUGGAGAGGAAUUUCCAACCAGUCAUCAUAUUCAGUUUCAGCAAGAAGGACUGUGAAGCUUAUGCACUUCAGAUGACUAAACUUGACUUCAAUUCAGAUGAUGAAAAGAAACUGGUUGAAGAAGUUUUUAAUAAUGCAAUUGACUGUUUGUCUGAUGAAGACAAGAAGCUUCCACAGGUUGAACAUGUGCUGCCACUUUUAAAAAGAGGGGUUGGAAUUCAUCAUGGAGGUUUGCUUCCUAUCCUUAAAGAGACCAUUGAAAUUCUGUUUUCAGAAGGACUUUUAAAGGCCUUGUUUGCAACAGAGACUUUUGCUAUGGGAAUUAAUAUGCCAGCAAGGACUGUCCUUUUUACAAAUGCCAGGAAGUUUGAUGGGAAGGAUUUCCGCUGGCUUUCUUCUGGUGAAUAUAUUCAAAUGUCUGGUCGAGCUGGAAGACGUGGAAUGGAUGAGAGAGGAAUAGUUAUUCUAAUGGUUGAUGAAAAGAUGAGCCCAACAGUUGGAAAACAACUUGUGAAGGGAACAGCAGAUCCACUCAAUAGUGCUUUUCAUCUGACCUACAAUAUGGUUUUAAACCUGUUGCGUGUUGAAGAAAUCAAUCCGGAAUACAUGUUGGAAAAGUCUUUUUUCCAGUUUCAGCAUUAUGUUGCAAUCCCUGGGAUAGUAGAAAAGAUAAAGAAACUUGAAGAUCAGUACAAUGAGAUAGAAAUUCCCAACGAAGACAGUGUGGUCACCUAUUAUAAGAUUCGGCAGCAGCUUGCUAAGCUUGGUAAAGAAAUAGAGGAGUACAUUCACAAACCUAAGUAUUGUCUUCCAUUCCUACAGCCAGGCAGAUUGGUCAAGGUGAAAAAUGAAGAUGAAGACUUCGGUUGGGGAGUGGUGGUCAACUUCUCUAAGAAGUCUACUGUAAAGGCUACCACAGGAGAACUGGAAUCUGUGUAUAUAGUGGAAGUGUUGUUAAAUUGUAGUAAGGAAAGUGUAGAGAAUGCUGCUACAGAAUCUGCCAAACCAGCAAAACCUGGGGAGAAGAAUGAGAUGCAGGUUGUUCCUAUUCUACUUCAGCUUUGCACAGCAAUUAGCAGUGUCCGACUCUACAUACCUAAAGAUCUCAGACCUUUAGAUAACCGACAGAGUGUUCUAAAAUCAAUUCAGGAAGUACAUAGGCGCUUCCCAGAUGGAAUACCAUUACUGGAUCCAGUAGAUGAUAUGGGUAUCAAAGAUGAAGGACUAAGGAAGGUUAUUCAGAAGAUAGAAGCUUUCGAGCAUCGCAUGUAUUCACACCCUCUCCACAAUGACCCAAACCUUGAGACGGUGUACAGACUUUGUGAGAGAAAAGCACAGAUUGCAGCAGAAAUCAGAACAGCAAAAAGAGAGCUGAAGAAAGCCCGAACUGUGCUACAGAUGGAUGAAUUGAAGUGUCGAAAGAGAGUUCUUAGAAGGAUGGGGUUUGCUACACCAUCUGACGUAAUAGAGAUGAAAGGCCGGGUGGCCUGUGAAAUAAGCAGUGCUGAUGAACUUCUCCUAACAGAGAUGGUAUUUAAUGGACUGUUCAAUGACAUGACAGCAGAACAAGCCACAGCUUUGCUUAGCUGUUUAGUAUUUCAAGAAAAUUCCAACGAAAUGCCCAAACUGACAGAACAACUAGCAAGCCCACUUCGUCAAAUGCAGGAAUGCGCCCGAAGAAUAGCAAAGGUUUCAGCCGAAGCCAAAUUACCAAUAGAUGAAGAAUCCUAUUUGAAUUCGUUCCGUCCUAAUCUGAUGGAUGUGGUAUAUACAUGGGCCAAAGGGGCAAACUUUGCUCAGAUAUGCAAAAUGACAGAUGUUUUUGAAGGCAGUAUAAUACGAUGUAUGAGACGACUUGAAGAACUUCUUCGUCAAAUGUGUCAAGCAGCAAAAGCCAUUGGAAACACUGAACUGGAAAACAAGUUUGCAGAUGGCAUCACAAAGAUCAAGAGAGACAUUGUGUUUGCUGCAAGCCUUUACUUAUAAAGAUGAUGUCAUGCUUGGACACCACGUUUUAAUGUUUUUCACCAGCAGUGAAGAUUCUGCAAGAUGGAUUACAACUCUUGACUUCAUGUAAUAAUUUUAAUGGACAGGCAUCACCACUUUAUCAAGUUUUUAUUUCCUUUUAGGUCUACAGUGACCUCAAGCAUGCUUCAAACAAUCUGUACAUAAAGAGCAUUGUUUCUUAUUUUAAUAAAAAAAAAAAAAAAAACAUUAAA